AUGCGGCGCAAGGAUCUAACAACGGGAGAGAGAAACUCCGUAGUGCAGUUUCUGCUUGAAGACAGCCAUGGUGGGAAGCCAAAAAGGGGCAGAAUGCAGGCUGCCGCCAUCAAGUUUGCCAUUUGCCGUCGAACCGUCACUCGGUUAUGGACUGCUGCAAAAAAACAACAAGCACAAGGUCAGCAUAUUCAUAGUAGCAGUGGCAAAAUCGACAAACCAAGGCGCAAGAGAGUUGAAAUAGAUCUUCAAUUAAUUUCAACAUUGGAGCUAAGCAAGAGAUCAACCAUUCGAAGGCUAGCAAGUGGAAUAAGUUGCAGCAAGAGCACAGUUGGGCGAUGGAUAAGCAAGGGUUUGAUCAGGGCUCAUACUAGUGCGAUAAAGCCCGACUUAACAGCCCCUAAUAAGUUGCUACGUCUAAGGUUUUCACUUGAAGCAAUCGAAUAUGAUAGAAUACUCAAGGUGCUUCAAUUCAAGAGUAUGCAUAACACGGUGCAUAUUGAUGAGAAAUGGUUUUAUAUAACCAAGUCAAAUCACAGGUUCUAUUUGACACCGGGAGAGGCUGAACCACAUAGGACUUGCAAAAGCAAGAAGUUCAUAACCAAAGUCAUGUUCAUGUGCGCUGUGUGCAGGCCGUUGAUAGCCGAGGAUGGGACUGUACUCUUUGAUGGGAAAAUAGGCAUUUUCCCAUUCACAGAAUACAUACCAGCCAAGAGGAAUAGCAAAAACAGGGAGGCAGGUACACUUGAGCAAAAGCCCAUUCAAUCAAUCACGAAGGAAGUAAUUAAGGACUGCAUUAUCAACAAGAUCAUUCCUGCCAUUAAGGUCAAGUGGCCACAAUUUGCAAGUAGAGUGAUUUUUAUUCAACAAGAUAACGCGAAGCCUCACAUUAAAGAUAGUGAUCCGGAUUUUAGACACGCUGCCAGCUCAGAUGGCUUUGACAUCAAGAUUGUUCAUCAACCACCCAAUUCACCGGAUACCAACAUCAAUGAUCUUGGUUGGUUCAGGGCUAUUCAAAGCCUACAAAUUGAAUCAGUUUGUACCAACGUAGAUACAUUAGUGGAGGCUGUGAAGAGGUCAUUUGAUGAACUAUCUCCAACAACACUGAACAAGGUUUUUUUAAGUCUACAAGGUUGUUUGACAGAAAUUCUGAAGGUAAAAGGCCACAACAGCUACAAAAUACCCCAUAUGGGCAAAGGGUCACUUAUUAGGCAAGGAGCAUUACCAAUCAACUUACAAGUUCCCCAUGAUCUAGUUAAUGAAGCUAUUAACUAUCUCAUGGAGAAUGGAAUUGUAAGUGGCAUGGAUCAUCUAAGGAAUGCACUUGGAAUAAGUUCAAUUUCCUUAGAUGAAGUUGAAUACCAAAUGGGACAUUUGGGUAUUCAAGUUCCAUGA